CAGCAAUCGAGGUCAAGAGAAGAGACAGCAUCGUCGUCACCGGACAGACCGAGCUCCUGCAAAGGCCUCUGGAUAUAGACCAGCUGCCAGAAUCGCUUCUUAACCAAAAAAGAGAUCCAGGCAGAGCGUGAGGAGCUCGCCGAGAGUGUUGUCUCUGGCCAACUCAUCGAGGGUACCGACCAAAAUCCACACCUAUCAUAGCUCCGAGGGGAGAGGCGGGUAGUGUUUCUUCAUCCAUAGCCGUCAUUAUCCAUCCUCGAGCUGGAACAUUUGCUGGACCCCAAUCACGGAUGGUUCCGAUGCGAACAAAAUACUCACUCACACCAUGAACCUGUUGUACAAGGACGCCAAAAACGAAAGCCCGCGCUCGCGUCGACUUCGAACCAGAGGGUAUAAGGCUAAAAGGAGGGAGUUCCUCGAAAGUCUGCGAGGAAUCCUGGAGGAGCUGCAGGUGUGGGUCCGCCACCACAACAAGGGCAAGGCCGGCGGCAAGAAAGAAACGAAGUUGUACGCUCCCUUCCAGUCCUUCGUUCACUUUGUCGCCCCAUUUGUCAAGUUCCUCUUUGACAAACUUGGUCUCGGUAUGCUUUUCCCUUCUGUCGUUCAUCAGCGCUGCAUCAUCUGCUAUCCGAAGACGAACAGAAAGCCCCUAUGUGGCGACGACGACCGCAAGAUUGACAUCGGGUUGACCACCUGCCGACCUGGCGAUUUGGAAGAGCAGCUGCCUGAUAUGUCCUAUGCAGAUAUAUUCGCCAUUGUCGAGGCAAAGUACUCAAACACCCGCAAGGACAAGAAUGACGCAUAUAAGCAGCUUGUGGACUACUCGCGCCACAUGUAUGCCGCCCAGCCAAAUCGCCGCUUUAUUCUGGGACAGACCUUCCUGUGGAACCGAAGUGCGGGUCCUGCUUAUUCUCAAAUGACUGCAUAUUUGCAGAGCAACCCCAUGGACGUAUCAGCAAGUGCAGGUCGUCGGGAGUACAUUGGGCUGCUAGUGAACCUCUCGCUGUGCGACAAAGACCAGCUGGGGUAUGAUCCGACGAUGACCUGGGAUAGUGAGCACGAGUACUGGACCAUCGACCAGGCAACAAAAACGUACUACUUCAGAGAUGAAGUUGCCAAAGCCGAUAGCCUUUUCGGUCGGCACACGAGGUGCUUUUUGGUAACAGAUGAGGACCCUGCUGGUGACAGAAUCAAGCCCAAAAUCACAGAGGAACUUGCGAACUCAAAUGUCGAGGACCUUGGUCUAUCCGAAGGCUCGAAGCCGGUGGUCGCGUUUCGUUCGAUACUGACAGGGGUCCGAUUUGAGGACAACACGAAAAUGCACUGGGAUCCGCUCUACUCGCUGCGCAAGCCAGACAACACAGCAAUUCCGUUCCGCGUCCACAAGCGUCUGGUUAUGUCACCGAUUGGCGAGCCAGCUGGAAACCAGUCGAGCGAUGCGAUGCGCUGCCACACCGAGGUUCUGCAGCGGUGCAACAUCCUCCACCGCGACAUUUCAGACAACAACAUCCUUGUCGUGCGUGAGGAGGGCAGACCAGUACGCGGGCCUAUUGGUGGAUUUUGA